AAGAGUUUAAACAGAAGACAGCGGUCGCCGGGUGGCUCCAAACGCAAUUGAUUUGGGCCAUUUUUUCUCGAUCGAGGAGUUUAUAGAUUGUGUCAAUUUAGUUUUCAUGAAACAUAUCAUUCGUGCCAAGGAGCUGACCAGGCAGAUGCCUAUUUCCCUUCGCCCGCCAUCGCUUUUUCUCUAGUCUCUGUAUCCUCUGUCACUUUGCUGUCUCUGAUCGCUUCUUCGGGACCCGUUUCCUGCUUGAUCGAUGCGCGAUGGCGCACCUCGGCUCACAAGGAUUUGUUUCUCUCUUUGAAGGUAGAAAUCACAGAAGUUGCUGAUUUACGCCGGAAUUAUUGAAACUUUUUCGUGUCUGCAGAGGUCAGCGUGAUUAGUAUAUUGUUAUCUUCCCCGUUUACUAGCACCUGUUUCACCGGUGGGGAGCCGAGAGCGCAGCCCAGGAAAUGGUCAUGAUAUGUGUAGCUGGAGGUGUAUGCCGAAGAAUCCGACGGAGCUGUUUCCUACAUAUUCGACUGUAUUCGUUACAACAGGAGUUUCUUUGUACUCCUUAGGUGAUCACUGUAAGCAUGAUAGGGCCUCUUGCGAGCUGGUUUCUUUAUCGGUCGUCCAUCCCCUGUCACGUCUACUCCACCAGUCUACUCCACUGGAAGAAUGGUCACAGAUCAUCACUUGGGGCAUUACUCUCCAAUUUUUCUGUCAGCCCACCCAAUGGAUCACUUGAACAUUUUCCUAUUGCUUACUUCUCUCGUGCUUUUGUGACAAGGGUUUCUUUACCUUCAAGAUGUCUAAUUAGUUCAGACAAUCCGGGGUCUUUCCCUCCCUCUUCUCCCAUAUUGCAAUUAUUCUGUUACGGUACCCAAGAUGAAAGCUUACGCGGGAGCAUUGCUGUAAUAACAAACUGUAAAGCAUCCGAAGAUUGCGGAUUUCAACCAACGGAGGAUUCAAUAAACAAGGCACUCGGUUCGUCCUGGCCAAGUAAUGCUGGCAUACAACCAGUCAAUCGAAAAGUGGAUGUUUCCUCAAGAAAUGCAAGGGAGCAGGCAGUUGAAGGCAAUACCAGGCUGUCGGAGCUGAAGUUUGAGGAACUGCCAAAGAAGCUGAAAACUCAACUUCCACUGUUUAAAUCUCUAUGGCUGCAAAAGAGAUGCUAUUCCACGCUGCAAGUUGAACGUGAACACCAAAGUCCAGAAGACAAACUUGGACCACUUGGUGCCGAUGGUCAGCAGCUACUAUCUGUCCCGCCAGUGGAGAUCGGAGCUGCAGAGAUCAGAGCUGGACAUGUACGUCGAGACGGUGACCAGCUACGAGUUGCGUCUUUAGCUGAAAGAGGGGCAGCAGAUACCAAUGCUGACUCCACCACAACCAUAGCAAAAAAACAACCACCAAAGAAGUUCGGUGCUGCCGCAGUCGUUUGGAGGAUUCUGCAAGAAUUAACUUCCGGGCCAUGGACACCGUCGAUUGCAGAGAGUUUGGAAAAGAUGAGGUUGCAGCUGAAGAACCAUCACGUGAGUCAGGUGCUACGGAGCUUGCAAGAUGCAGAUGUGGCGCUUGAGUUCUUUAACUGGAACAAAACACAAGAUGGAUAUAAGCAUGAUGGUCUCAAUUACAACAUGAUGAUAGGGAAGUUGGCACAUGCUCACAAGCUCCAGUUUAUAGUACCGAUGGUGCAGGAAAUGCAUGAUGAGGGCUGGCAUCUACACUCCAACACCCUCACCACGCUUAUCGUGAAGUACAAUAGAACUACUAAGUUCCCAGAGGUUUUAGAAAUUUUUGAUAAAUAUGGUUCGCAGGCUAGUGUUGGAGUCUACACGUGUUUGAUAGAUGCCCUAUCCAAACGAGGCGACUUCGACAAAUUUGGCAAGUAUUACUCACGGAUGGUGGAGUCUGGAUGCAAACUCGACCUCACUGCGUACAAUAUUUUGUUACGUGCCUUUGGAAGGGCGAAGAAUGUAGAGAAAGUUUGCUGUCUAUUUCAAAACAUGAAAGACGACGGGCACAAACCUGACAUGUACACCUACGGUUUCUUAGUUUCCUCGCUUGCCAGAGCUGGACGAAUAGACGAAGCCUUAGGUUACUUCAAAGAAAUGAAAGAUACUGGGUAUACACCAGAUGUGCCCAGCUACAAUAUUCUUAUUGAUUGCUUGGGAAAGGCGGGCAAAGGUGAUGAGGCUUGUGAUCUUUUCGACGAGUUGAUCCAGAUGGAAAUUAAACCCGACGUCGUGACUUACAAUACCAUCUUCGAUUGCCUGGGAAAGGCUGGCAGAGUGAAUGAUGUCUUUAUUCGAUACAAGGAAAUGCAGGCGGGGGGAGUAGAACCUGACGCUGUCACGUGUUCCAUUUUAGUUGACACGUUAGGCAAGGCUGGCAGACUGGAAAAGGCUUGUGAUUUAUUCUUGGAAAUGACGAAGACUCCCCAGUUUAAGUUUGAUGUGGUUGUGUACAACAGCAUGCUGAACAGGCUGGGAAAGGCAGGCCGUGUUGACCAACUUUUUAGGCUUUUCAACGAGAUGAAGCAGUCGGAGCAGCCACCUGAUUUGGUUUCCUUCAACAUCGUCAUCGAUGCCUUGUGCAAAGGGCAAGAGUUUCAAAAAGUACAUCAGGUGGUCAACGAAAUGAAGAAUUUGGGUUUCAAGCCUGAUGUUGUCACGUACAAUAAUCUCAUACACAGCUUCGGCAAAGCUGGAAAAGUGGCCAGAGCAAGCAAGAUUUUCAAAGAGAUGCUAAAAGCAGGCCUUGUUCCGGAUCACAUCUCGUACAACAUCAUGAUCAACGUACUGGGCAAGGCUCGAAAAAGUGACAACGCAUUCAAGGUUCUCAAGGACAUGAAGAAGAGGGGAAUGAUGCCCGACGUGAUCACGUAUAACAGGCUAAUUGAUACUUUUGGAAAGGCAGGUGAUUCUAAGGCCGCAGCUCAGCUUUUUAGAGAAAUGCAGGAGAACAAUAUCAGUCCGGAUCUUAUUACCUACACUGUUCUCAUUAACGGCCUGGCUAACGAGGGUAAAAUGGACUCAGCAAAGAAGGUAUACCGAGAAAUGAGAGAUAAGGGUCAUCAGCCGGAUGUGAUCACCUUCAACUGCCUUAUCACUGGAUAUGUGCGAGAGGGUAGGAUCAAUGAGGCUAAUGAACUCCUCAUUAGAAUGAAGGGACUUCACUGCAAACCCACGGCCACCACUUAUGGUAUUUUGAUUGAUGCUAACGCACGACAUGGAAAAGACGAGAUGGUGCAUAAACUUAGGAGGGAGAGAAACGAGGCAGGUUUGCUGCCUGAGGUGUACAAAUGAUAUUGGAGAUGCUUCAGAGAGGUAAUACAGCGAUUUACUUUGGAGUCAAUUCUUG